AUGUUUAUAAAUGAUUGGGAAUCGGGUGCUGAGAAUGUAUAUUCCAACGAUGAGUUGCACAACAACAGUGAUUACAGGCGGUACCAAGCUUGGUACCAGGGUGUGACUCGUUGUAAGCUUCGCCAGCAGUGGACAGCGGAAGACUACGCCGACAUUGAUUCUUCUGACGAUGAAGAAACGGAGUAUGACCUGUCCACUAGACUGGGAACCCAAGUGGAGGCGGCACCCAUAUUAGAUCGAGUGGGUAACACAUUGCGACGGUCGGUAGAGGACAUUGAUCGCCAACUUUUGACUGUGGGCGACAGCAGCAUGCGCAGCUUCUUGCAGCGUUUAUCUAGGCGCCUACGUGGAGCUGCUGCUCGCUGUGGCUGCAGGACUACUGUUGCACAUGACGUCCACGUACCAUCGUGUACCGACACAGCAACGCCCUCCACAGGUCUUGGUGCUGGCUUCGACUACGAUCACGACGAGAUAGGACCUUCACAGCUUCAGGGGGCUCCUUCGACACAGCCAUUACAACCACAAGAUCGUAGGCGACACCGCUCUCCACAACGUUACACUCCAGGCACCGAUGCUUUAGGCAAGGGUAAGACUAGGAGACGUUGA